AUGGCGCACUGCAGCCAUCUUGUGUUUACCUGUCUUCUCGUGCUGCUGGCAGCAUCCGGCGCCGUGGCCGGCCGCGCCCUGCUGGGAGACGCCCCCCAGGGCGGCAAGCUCCAGUUCGUUCCCAAGGGCUGCACCCUAGCCUCCGUGCAGGUGGAGGCUCACUACGCAUUCAAGUACGCUGUGUUCGGCCCCCGUGUCAUCCGCGGCACCGUCAAGCUCAGCAACGGCAACACCUUUGCGGUGCCCAUCUCAAAGGUCUCCGUCACCCUGGCGCCCGCUGUGCCCGUCAGCCCCUUCAUCAUCACGGCGUCAUGCUCAGGCGGUUCGGUGCCUUCAAGCCCUCAGCCCUACCAGUACGGCACCCUGACCUGCACCUUUGAGAGCCCCGACCUGCCCACCUCCGGCCCCGCCGCCGGCUUCCGCGGCUGGAAGACCGCCGGCGCCACCGCCACGAUCGGCAUGAGCGGGGCCACCUGCAGCUCGGGCAGCAACGGCACCCCCAUCAAGGGCUGGAUCCUCACCGACAUCUUCGGCUCAGGCCCCGGCAGCAGCAGCAGCGGCAGCGGCAGUAGCAGCGGCGGCUCCGGCGUCGGCGCGGCCGGCCCCCAGGGCGCCGGCGCCGGCAGGCCCGCGCUCCUCGGCGGCGCGGCCGCCGGCCGCAAGCUGUCGGAGGAUGGGGCAGACGGCGCCGCCGGCCCCGUCGUCGGCUAUGUCCCCAGCAGCAAUGACUGCCUCGGGAUGACUAUCACCGCCUCCGCCUCCAUGUCAGCCGAUGGCGUCGUCAGCGGCAGCGUGUUCAUCACCAACCCUCGGGAGUUCAGCAUCCCGCUCUCCGCGGUGCGUGUGCAGAUCAGCAACAGCGUCCCCGUCGCGCCGAUCUUCGCCGACGCGGCUUGCCAAGGCGGCCUGAGCGUGCCCAGCAACCCGCAGCCGUUCCAGCUGGGCACGCUGGUCUGCAGCUACUCGGCGGCGAUCCCCUCGGAGGGAAUUGCCUCGGACCCCUCAAAGUGGCCCAGCGUCCUGCCCAAGGUUGACGUGGCGAUGUCGGGCGCUCAGUGCGCCGGCGCUGUGGCGCCGAUUCAACAGAGCAACCCUGGGCCGCUUCUGUACGGCCACUGA